GGGAAGCUCAAACGAAAGACAUGUUUAUGAGUACGUGAUAAGAAGCCAGAAACCGAGGAGGCAAGAAGACCGAAAUACCUGUACAUGUUAUACAAAGUAGGCGAUAAAUCUUCUGGGGACAGACUAUUAUCAUAUUUUCCUAUACACGUUUGAUUGGUUUAUUGUUAAAAGGACAAAAUGGGUUGCUGGUUCUCCAAAAAAUCCAAGAGAAAAUCACCCGAAAAGGAACCUACUCCGAAAACGGUGGAAGAUACGGCGAACAGCAGCAACGCCAACAACAUUGACCUCUGCAGCAAUACAACAGAGGACCCACCUAAACAAUACAGCUGGGACAAACGUGAAAAGGUUGACCCGAAGGACUUCAUGCUAACGGGGCUGAAGGACGCCACAGUGGGCCGUCUGCCAGGCAAGCUGAACGGACAGCAGUUUGUCAUCCAGGACUGUGACAACUGUAAGAUCUUCGUGUUGGACCACUCCGCCACCAUCACCAUCGACGACUGCACUAACUGCUGCAUCGUUAUGGGGCCAGUGAAGGGCAGUGUGUUCUUCAGGGACUGUAAGGACAUCAAGUGUGUGGUGGCCUGCCAGCAGUUCAGGACCAGGGACUGUAAGAAGAUGGAGGUGUUCCUGUGUUGCGCCACUCAGCCCAUCAUCGAGGCGUCCACGGGGAUGAAGUUCGGCUGCUUCCAGUACUACUACCCCGAGCUGGCCUUCCACUUCAAGGACGCAGGCCUCAGCAUCUUCAACAACAACUGGAGCAACGUCCAUGACUUCACGCCCGUCUCAGGGGAGACCAACUGGAGCCUGCUGCCUGAGGACACUGUGGUGUUGGACCAUGUUCCAGCCCCUGACCCGGAGUCAGAGUUUAAAUCAGUCCGGAUCUCAGCUGAGGCAUCCCGCAGCAUUGUACCCAUGACCAAAGGAGGCAGACGCAAGGAGAGUGACGAGUCCUGUCUGUUUGUGUUCUUCUCUGGGGACUACACCACUGCUAACGCCCGGAAACUCAUUGAUGAGGUGAGCAGGUAGAGGAGGGUGAGGAGGAUAAGAGGGUCUGCUCAAUGACUUCAAGUGAUAAAAAAAAUGAGGGAAGGUUAGACACUUUGUCAUGCACUUAAAGGU